AUGGGUUUCAUCACUGGUGUUCGAUACAAGUGCUCGGUGUGCCACGAUACUGAUUUCUGCGCCAAGUGCGAAGUUCAUACUUCGAAUACGCAUAACCGCACCCACCCCAUGGUCAUGUUCAAAACGGCCGUGCGCAGCGUCACGGUGAGCACCGUGCAUGAAAACGCAUUCAGCCAGUCAACAGCUACCCUGGGUGAUCGCACACUGAGGUCCACCUCGACUCAAGCUUCCGCCCCAUUUUCUUCAGAACCUGAAGUUACAGAGAUGGUCACAAAAGAAGAGCCAGAGCCAGGGCCAGUCGCAGAGCCAAAGUCCUCUGAUCUGCUAAUGCCAAAUACUGAGAAGCGGCAAGAUACACCCAAGCAGGCACCAAGCGAUGAUUCCGAGGCCGAGUAUCAGGCAUUCUUCAUCGAGGAUACCAUCGCGGAUCGCACCGUAAUGCCUCCAAAUCAGGUGUUCCAACAAACUUGGAAGCUUUACAACCCCGGUCCGCGUGCGUGGCCGUCGGGGACCAAUGUCCGUUUCGUUGGCGGUGACUCCAUGUUCAACGUCGACACCAACCAUCCUAGCAGUCUCGCAUCGGUCACAGCUGCCAUGGAGAGCAACAAGCUGUGCAAGCCCUUGGAAGUUGGUGAGCGCGCCGAAUUCACUGUCACCUUGAAAACCCCAAGGAGGCUGGGUACUGCUAUCUCUUACUGGCGGUUGAAGCUCGACGACGGCACCCCAUUUGGCCACAAACUCUGGUGUGACGUCCAAGUUCAAGACGAACUCAUAGAGGAUGAGCCCGUCAACAAGACUGAGGUCGAUCAAAAGGAGCCCCUGCUGCCCAACGCUGAGCCCUCCGACGACAUUUCAGGAAGCCAGAUGGUGUUCCCCAAGCUGGAGAAAGAGUCACCGACAAGCAGCACGCACGAGGCAGCCAGCUUUCCGCCUACCGCCCCCUCUGUGUCGAAUGCUUCAGAGCACGAUAUCCUUGACGAUGUGGCGAGCUUGACGUUGGAUGAUGCAGACACCGAUGCUGGAUUCUUCACUGAUGAAGAAUAUGAUAUCCUGGAUGCUAGCGACCAGGAAUUUAUGGAUGCCAACUCCUCUCGGAACUAA